AUGGUCAGUAUCCAAUCCAAAUGGCGCUACCUUUUCAUGUUCUUGGGGAUCCAGUUGGUAGUCAUGGCACUGCUGUCCCGAGAGGGAUAUCAAAAGAGGGUCUCCUACUUCAUCCGCAUCUUCCGCAAGCCUGACACCACUGGUCUGUCAGGCCGCAACCACUCAUCAGCAGGCAUCGCUGGAGGGGAUGUAUACGCCAAUCUCUCCCACCUAUCCAAAACGCAUGGCCAUGGAGAUGACAUGCCCUUAUGCCCCAAGAAGUCUCCUCUUAUAGGUGGGCCGAUCCACGUCAGCUUUCCAUCAGGGCUCACUCUGUCAGAGGUUGAGAGGAAGAAUCCACUGGUGGUGCGAGGAGGACGUUAUAGGCCGCCUGACUGUGAGGCGAGGCACCGGACAGCCAUCAUCAUUCCCCACAGACACAGAGAACAUCACUUGAAGUUCCUGUUAUAUUACCUGCAUCCUUUUCUGCAGCGGCAACAGCUCAACUAUGGAAUUUAUGUCAUUCACCAGGCUGGAAACUACACUUUCAACAGGGCCAAGCUGAUGAACGUGGGUUUCCGUGAGGCCAUGAAGGAAGAAGACUGGGACUGUCUCUUCUUUCAUGAUGUGGACCUCAUUCCAGAGGACGAUCGCAACACAUACGUCUGCGACUCCAACCCCAAGCAUGCAGCCAUCGCCAUGGACAAGUUUGGCUACAAGCUUCCGUACAAGAUGUACUUUGGAGGAGUGUCAGCUCUGACGCCACUGCACUACCUCAAAAUGAACGGCUUUCCCAACAACUACUGGGGCUGGGGUGGAGAGGACGACGAUAUUGGAGUCAGAGUGUCUCUGGGGGGGAUGUAUAUCACUCGUCCAUCGCUGAGGUUCGGCCGGUACAAGAUGAUCAAACACAAGCUGGACAAAGGCAACGAUGUGAACCCAAAGAGGUUCAACAUGCUGGCCAAGACACGGCAGACCUGGAAGUUGGAUGGGAUGAACACUGUUGAAUAUGAGACAAUCUCAAAGCAAUACCUGCCCCUCUACACCAACAUCACUGUCAACAUUGGCACUGAGGCCGGUCUACAUCCACCUCCCCCAACACAACCUCCUCCUGCCAAAGCUGCAGGCAAAGAAGCUGCUGAAGUCUCAGCAAAAGGACCAGCCAAACUCAAAGAGGGCCACUCAGAGGAAUAGUCCAAGAGACUGCUAAUCAAGUUUCACCCUGCCAUAACUUCAAUGGGAUAAUCCUCUGGGUACAAGCUGUACAAUGGUGGUUUUUCUCCUCACUCACCUGGAGUUUUUGCCCAUUUUAAGCUUUCGUCAGUUUGUGGAGAAUCAACAUCGUAUUGCCUGCGGACAGUGGGACGCUCAUCUGGGUGAUAAAAAAAAAACAAACAAUUGACUUGAAGUUCUCAACCCUUAGUUGACGGCUCUCCACCUUGGUUCCUGUCACAUCACUGAUUCUUCUUCCAGGGGAGCCAGAGUGAAGAGUAAAGGGUAAAAGAUGGACUCUAUGAGUUUAUAUAUCUACAGCGCUGUGGUCGCUGGUUAAACCUUGUGAUGCCUUAGAAGCUUGUUCUUUUUUGUCUUUUCACUCAUACCUUACAUUAUUUAGAAUAUUGGGUUUAAUAGAGCAGUAGCUGCGAUUUCCAGCAGUCACACUCAUUUUUUGUCUCAACGCCAAUGAAUAUGAGUAAAAUGGAGACAGUUUCUUGUUUCCAGUUGAGUGUGAGAGGCUGCUACCAUGAGUGCUGAAUGACGGAACUUGACAGAUUUGUGUAUUACUGUUAUUAUUAUGACUGCUUCUGACGUAACAGUGCACAUAUCCUGUCUGCACAUAUCUGGGGUCUCAUUAAGGAAGCUCCCACAUAGAGAUGCUGAACUAUAUCCAUUUGGUUUGUGUAUCAAAAGAUAGAUUAAAUCUUUCUAUUGUUAUGGACACUCUACACAUACUUUUGCCUUCUGUCAUGUUCAGUAGAAUCACCAGUGCGAAUGGGAGUGAGCGUUUUAAGUUCUGCACAUCAAGGCCAAGGUACAGUUCCUCUGUGUAGCGUGUAUUUUAGUGCAUACAGUUCAGCCUUUCAAAUUUCAGCAUAUCCAAUAUCUACUACAUUUGAUCAGUUUUCUUUUUUGCGUGUUUUCGUGUAUUUGCCUUUAUCAAAUAGAGCAGGUCCUGGCAACGGUUAUCAGUCUUCUGCCUUCAGAUGAGUUUGAGAUUCACAUCAAAAUGGAGUCUGUUUUGCUUAACUUGUCCUUACGUAUACGUUGACUAUGUGCAGUGUACUAUAUAUGUCAUGUUUAUGUGUCCCUUAAGAAUGCUGGCCUUCUCCCUUAACACUUGAUAUGUAGUCCAUCUUUAUAACAUGCUUUGCCCAUCUCCUGUUCUUGAUCUAUACAUAUCAUUGAGAAAUACACUAGAAAGGGUUUUUUCUCAACACAGAAAAGGAGUAAAAAACUAGAGAUAAUUUUGCGAUGAGUUCACACCAGCCACUCUGCAACUAAGUGGGGUGCAGCGUCCCUUCCCUACUUUCUACCCCCGUACUAACUGCGCCCUUGCUUGGAUUUCACUGAUUUUCAGCCUUUGUUGUGAUCUCAACUACACCUGUAAAGUUUUGUGACUGCAUCUUGUAUGAAUGUGACAUUAUCAUGUUGACAAAUUCUGUCCGCAGACAGACAUAUAAACACUAGGCAAGGUACUUAAAAUGUGAAAAUGUACUUGUAAUUUGUCACCAAUUUAUUUAUCAUUAUAUGUAAGUCGCAGGUAGGUUUGUCAAAAAUGAAACGGUCUGUUUCUCUUUUUUUCUUUAAAUCUUUUACGAUUCGUGAAAAUUGACCCCGUCUCUCAGCGCCGUGGCUGGUGUGAAAUGCUGUUCUGUAACAAGUUAUCACAUGAAGACAUCUGCCAUUUCCAUUCCAGUAGAGCCCAUGUACUGCAUGUUGACUCUCCGCCCUCCUCUUCACUCUUUUUCCCCCACUCUUGACAGAUUUGAUUGUAAACAGGAGAAAAAGAAACAGUCCCUUCAUACGGUGAGGGUGACUUUACUGGCAGGUGAACAGGCUGAAACCAAAGACGACUGCACGGAAAGCUGUGAUGCUGGAUAAAAAGUGUGUGUGUGUGUGUGUGUGUGUGUGUGUGUGUGUGUGUGUGUGUGUGUGUGUGUGUGUGUGUGUGUAUACAGUAUACUUCAUAUGUCAUGAAUGAUUUCUGUAACACUGUGUUAUUCUUAUCUUAAUGGACAGGCCUAUCACCACUUCCUAUCAAUACUUGUAGCAUCUUUCGAUUCUGUGUUCAAAGGAUCUCCAAACCAACACAUGUUCAGAUUUCUCAAAUUUAACAAACCACAGAGGAAGAAAACGUUUGUCUUCAGCAAAGGGAUGAUAGUUCAUGGUUAUGAGUGAUGUUUUUUUUUUUUCUUCUUCUUUUUCAAAUGCUGUACUGAAAAGUUAUUUUUAUCUAAUUGUCAUUGUGGUAUUUGUCUGCUGACGUGGACAAGACGAGCUCUGAGAGUGGUUGCCUGUGAUUUACAUAAAUAGAUGAGUAUGUACUUGUUAUCAUGUUGAUGUGAAUUCAUAUUCAAAUCCUAUGGCCUUAGCAACACACAGUACUAGUAUUUGAAUACUUGGUCACUAAUACAAUAGCAUCUUUAUAUCCAGACUAAAUAUGCAUGGCAACAAACCUAUUAGUGAGGGAAUGUACCGAGCACAAUGUGGAGAUGAUACAUAUCAGUGCUUAUCUAGAAAAUACGAAGCAUGCUGAAGCGUCUGUGUUGUUAACUGGAAACGUGUAAUUGUGAAUGAAAAUGCAAGUUUCCAUCUGCUGAACGGAGUGCUCCUCACUCUUUAAUUUGAGGAUUAAAAUGUACAAAGGAAGCUUUUAUUCCCAAAGUCACAACGUACAGAUUCCAUCAUUUACUCUGUAACACUUGACCUGAGGUUCUGGGGUUUUUAUUUGAAGCUACUUUAUGUUUGAUCUGACUCCGUUCUGAUGUGGAUAAGCUCAGCAGCAAUAGAAAGCCGUCAUCACAGGGUAGUACUGAAGCAACCAAGGGCAAUGUGACUUUUUGAGUUAUUUCUGCUCUCUUUAUGAAUUCUGCACAGUCCAGAGUGGCCUUAAAUUCAUUAAUAAACUGAUUAUUCAAGAGA